UUCUUUUUCUGUGCGAAUUAUCUUUAAAUUAUUUAUAAGUGCAUAAAUGUUGAAAGUAGAAAUUUUCUAGCUUUUUUCUUUCUUUCUCUCUCUUCUAAAAUUAUCUUUUGUUCUCUAAAACAUCUUUUCUAGCCAAUGCAGUCAUUUCUGAUUUGAAUCAUUCUAAACAGUUUUAAAGAGCAAAAUGAAAAGCGGGUUUUCCCCUCCAACAUCUUUCGAGCAAUUGAAAGAUGUUCCGCUAGAAGAAUUGUAUAAUAUAAAUAAUUAUUCAAAUAUUUUAUUAUUCUGUUUCAACAAGAAUCUAAUCUAUGUUAAAGAAAUGAAAUUAAUUGAUGGACCGAGACUUACUGUUAAAACAAAUAUGUGUAUUUUCCAGGUUACAUUAUCUUACGUAUCCUCUGUACGUUACGUAUAAUACAUACUGGACAAGUCUCGAAAUUUUUACAUUUUAAACUUACGGUACUUUCGCGUGAUUCGUUUGUGUCGUUCUUGAUACCCAGAUUUCAGUAUGUAAGAAUUCGCUUAACGUAUACGCAACGGCAGGUCGCGUGCCGAGCUACCUUUCUAAAGCAGCGGUAAAAGCGGACAUCUUACCGUGACAUCUCUCCCGCUCGGGCAGCUCCCACGCGAAUUGAACGUACCCGGGGAUUCCCGGCCUGUCGUUCAUCGGGAUCGUGUGUCCUGCUCUAGUAGCAUCGGAUCUACAGAAGCUCUCGAUACCGCGGGCGAUAUCUGUUUGCGUAACUUUUACAUCAGGUAGCUCUGGCAUAACGGUAUCCAGUCGCGCCUUCGCUCGUAAGAGCGUUACAGCCGCGAUUAGAAUUAACGUUUCUUUCUCAUGCGCGCUCGCUCGGUUUUCAGUAACAUGCGGCCGUUGUUCAGCUCUCGACUCUCUUCGAAUCGCAAACGGAAAAACUCCGCUUUCCCUACGAACGCGAGGACGCCACGGGAAUAAAUUGACGAGCGAACUGCAGUCUCGUUCGGUUGCAUUCCAAUUUGGAUCGCCGUUGCGUGAUACGUAGAAUUCGGAAAGAAAACACGGCUCACUGAAGCUUCACAGUUGCGAUCGAACAUUCUUCGAUAAUGUCGCAAUCAUCUCGUCGUAGAUCGAAGGGUUUCGCGAAAACAACAAAUAAAUCAUGAAAUCAGCACGAAGAGCGAUAUCCAUUUUUCUUUUGCUACGAUAGAUAAUAAAAUGCAACAGAGCGCAUCCUCUUUUCGCAGGGAAUUAUAUUUCCUCGAAGCUGCUGAAGUGUUACAUUCUUUACCACGUAUCGUCUUGAAUGUAAUUACUGUAAUUAUUAUUUUCGCGUUGCAGAGCAUCAUUACCGAUGCCGCGAGCGCUAAAAGUUCGUUACAUUUCCUGGUGCUUCUACGUCCGACUUUUCUCCUCGUCGAACUAGAUUUCCAGCGUGGAAAAACGCGCAUGCAAAGUCAGCAAAAUCCUAAACGGACGAGAGAUAAUAUUACACUUGCGCGUGUGCCGCGUAUAUUAAAAGUCGUAAAAGAAAUAUCGGUCACUGACUUUCGCUCCGUUCAACGCACGAAUCAGGAAUACACUUGUCCCCUCCUACUGUGUAUUUGUACUUGCUCUAACUGUAAUCUGCAUUUCUUACUUUGUUCGUUUUCGAAAUGUAUUAUUAAAUUAAGGAUGAGACAUCUCAAAACAUCACCAAAAAUAUAAUUUCAUAGAAUGUUAUAUUAUUACGUUCGAAUAUCUUAUAUAAAAUUUGAGCGUAAUUUUAGAAGUUGGCUAACUUUUCUUUGUUUUCGAUUCUUAAAUAAAGUCGCAUACUUAUUUGUAAAUUUGAUGAGAAGUAUAGCAUUUCGAAUUAAAUCACGAAUUGUUUACAUAUACUAUAAAAUAAAACUCUAACAAUUUAAUUCAAUAAUAACAAUUUAAUAAAAUUUAAUGAUCUAUUAAUUGAAAUUAAAUGAAACACUUAAAAGGGUACUUUACUCUUAUGCGUAUAUUGUAUAUGGACGGUUUUUGCUUGUUUAUCUUCAUAUCAAAUGCAUAACAGCUAAUUCAAUUCUGUUUAUUGCAUCUAGAGGUACAUAAAAAGCACUUAAUUUUGUAGUUUACAAUUUUUUUAUUUUUGUUGAUAUUUUGAAUUAGAGGUGCUAACUUAACGUGAAACUAUCACUUCCAUUUUCAAAUGUAAAUUCCUGCUAAAUGGAUUGAAUACUAAAAUUAGGACUAAAUUAGCACUUAAUUAGCACUUAAUUAUGGUAUAUAUGUUAUUCCUAUUUUUGUGAUGGAGGUGCUAACUUGACGGAGGUCAUUUACGCUGCAUAAGUCAUUGUAAACCAAACUAUUCUCGCUCUUUGCUGAUUUUAAAACCAAAAUUCAAGUAUUUUCAAGAUAUUUACAGUAAAAUAGUUUUUAAUUAGAUAGAAAAGAAAACAAUAAACUUCUGAAAAGUCCGCAGUUUUUAAAUUUCGAUAAUUUUUAACUAGUUACAUAACCAGACGUCCUUAAAUCACAUAUAUGUUAAAAACACCAUAAAAACCUCCGCUUUCCUUUUUUCCACUUUAUUUUUUUAAUAUUUGAUGUUUUUUAAGUACUAAAACUAAAUUGAUGAACAUUUUUUUAAUUUUAUUGGUGCAAAAUUUAUUUAAAAUUACUUUUUACAGAAACAGUUUCUAUUUAACCCGCGUUGAAUUAGAGGAAGUAAAAGACAGUAUUGCACUUUCCAAAUCUAUUAAUGAAACGAUUUAGAAUCAUUAAAUGUUAAUUACAAUAGAUUUAAUAAGAAGUUGAUUGGAGAAAGUUGACGUCACACUUUUGUACGCGUUAGAAAAGUUAACGACGUAAAGCUUCGAGCCGCCUGCCAUUGUGUCAAUCGUCUGAUUGUGUCUGAUGCAGCAAGACCAUGCGAAAACGCACAGACCUUCUUCGCGACGCGAUCCCUUUUCCGGCGCGGCGCGUCGGCGACGCACGCCAUAGAUGAAGAUGGUGCAGAGUUGACGAUCCCACGGCGUACGGUCCAACCCUAAUAAAGCACGCUUUCGAAUCCGCCUACGCGCCACGAUUAACAAUUAACGACAACGGCGCGGCGUAACGAAUGCCAAGCGGGGAACGACUCGCUCGCCUCCUCUCGCACGUUAGGAAAGUGCGUCGCUCGUUGUGUUCGUCGUCGUCGUCGUCGUCGUUCGCGCACGUGCAGGUAGCCGAGAGUCCCAAUUAUUCCGGGAUAACGGACAACCUAGGCAAUGUGUGCGUGCGUGUGCAUUUCGAAAAAUCGUCGCGCCUCCGACGUCGCUCGGUUAUCGUCUAACGGUGACUGACCUCCCGGACGUCGUAUAGUCGUAUAGCGCGCGCGUUAGUAUCGCGUUACGCCGAGCCGUUCAAGACUCCUGUCUCCCGAGUCCAUCAUUCACGCGUCCUUUACUUUCUCGAUUUCCACGAUUUUUCUCAAAGGGAAGGGUAAAUUGCGCGGGCCGUCGAAUGUUUCGCCCCGAGGAUUCAUCGAGGAAGGAUGAUUCGACGAAUCCCCGAACACUUCCCGCACUACAAUUCGAUACAAUUAAUCACGUCGGCGUAAUUAAUACGGCGAAACUUUUCAAUUUGACUCAUCGUGAGUCGGCUGUUUUUAUAGACUUACCUGGUACGAUCUACUCGUGCGAGUGCGAACACAAAGGCGUCUUAGCGUCUUAGCGUCAGCGUGCAAGUGCGAUAAUUCCGGGGGAGAAUAUCCAUCAACGUUUGAUCUGGGAGAGAAAUAAUGGCGCGACGCGAAUGGUCCAAUUACGUCCGCUUCCCCGCGCUACGUAAUGCAUCCUUCCUUUCUACAUGGCGCACGUAUAAUUCCCACGUUUUCACUGGCCGCGAGCGCAGCGAGUACAAAGGCCAGGUUUCCGAAAAGGAUGGUGACCGAAAACGAGAGUCUACUUGGAAAAACAAUAUGCUAUCGCGUGUCAACCGAUUCAUUCUUCGCAAAACGGCCGGGCUGUUUUGCGUUUUGUUUCAAAUUGCAACCGGCGCGUCAUACGGCGGCGUCAAUCCACACAAAUUCGUGCUGCGCGCGAUGUUACGGAUGUACGUUCAGUUUUCGAGUUUGUUUAAGGACACUUCUAACUUUGUAUAAACUGAAACAACCUCUUAUGAAAAUUUAGAUGAGAAUAUUUUGUGACGAAAAACCGGUACCAGCUUCGGAAAAGUUUUUAAUUGCAAAUUAAAAAGUAAAUUUUAAUUAGUAUAAAAACAAAAAAUUGUAUUCUAAGGAACUGUUAAUAAAAUAAAUUGUUAUUACUGUAGCGCAAAAAAUUUUGUUUGAAUAAAACUCUUUUUUACGAUUUGAUAUCCGUUGAUUGUACAGUUUAAUAACUCUCUAUGUUUUAAAACGUAUGAGUGAAAAUUGUUUUUUUUUUUUUAAUUUGAAAAGAAACAACUGCACAGUAAUUUAUAAUUAGAAAAUUGUUUAAUUGGAAAAUUGAAAAGUAUGUUCAAGAUAAUAAUACAGUAUGAAAUCUCACUAUUAUUCAGAUUUGUUAUCAAUUAUAAUCGACACGAUCGACACGAUAUUAAAUGAUAAGAAACGACCUAUUUAAAAUAUUUUUUGGCAUUAAUACUGGUUUUUUCGUUCAGAAUACAAUUUUUACAAUUAAUUAUAAUACGUUCUUUAAUUCACUGUCAAAUACUUCCAAAGCUCGAAGACAUCUCGUAAUGUUUCCUUGUAAGUUUUUAUAUUUGUGACAUUGGUUCAAACUUGCUAGUCGUCGAGAUAAGCGCGGACAAGCGUUUAAUAAUAAUAAUGACAAGACGCGAAUAUGCGCGAUGCAUUUAUGUAAGAUUUGUUGUGAAACCCCCGGUUGCCGCGGAUGUGUGUUGCGCGUGUCAUAAGCGUGAUUAAAAAAGCGUGAAAAAGAGUGAAUGAAGAGCGCGGAGCGAAUUUCUAGACAUUCCCGCGGUUAUAAAGCGGAAAGGCCGUGCCGUCGGUCGGUCCCGGCUUCCGCUUGUUCGAGAGCGUCUGCGUUGGCCGCGAGUUAAUCACCGUCCAACUACGGCGAUUUAAUGCGAGCGGCACCAGAUAUCGAUAGUGCAGCGAACCCGAUCUUCUAGGGUGAUGGCGCACGCGGACUUCCCGGCGGAAGCUGCCACCCUGAAAAUUACUCGAGCGCGUCGAAUCGCGCUGUCGAAUGUGAUUGCGAGAAACAAGUCACGAUAGCCGUCUGUUUUCUCUCCUCGCGAUCGAUAUAUCAGGCAAAACGAUCCAUUUAUUCCCUUUAUCGAUGCCGAUCCUCGACACGAUCGCGCUCUCUUUUUCUCUCUCCCUCUCUCUCUCUCUCCCCUCUCCCUUUUUUCUUUUUUUUUUCUCUUGUUUCCUGUUGCUGGUACGACGGUAUUACGAAGCGAUCGCCAAUGUGAAUAUGAAUAAUGACUUUCGAGCGAAAGAGAGAAAUACGAGAUUUAAAGAUGCGAUUAAAGAUUUAGGAGUAUGAUACUCUUUACAAGGAUUUCCGAGGGACCAGACUCGCUUUCAUUUUUAUCAUUCCUCGCCUUUUCUACUCGAGAAGUAGAGAUGUCAAAGCUAGUUCGUAUAAUUUAUUCUUAUUGCAACGGAGAAUUCCUUCGUCGCGCCAAUCGAUAUUCCCAGCCACGUGCCGCGCGGAGCUCGCAUUGCAAAGCCGAAAUUUAAUCUGAUCGCGCCUGCACCCAGUCAGUCUUAGCUUACUCACCCCUUUCUCCCCCCCCCCUCCUCUAGAUUGACCUAGAUUAUUGCGAUUUCUAUUUUUCACGAGAGCAAAUGUCCCUUGCGUAUUUGGCACUGAACUUGUAACACUUUUUCGUGACGUCGAUUAAUUCGAUUGCGACAUAUCUUGAGCUCCAUAUAAUCCAAGUUAAGUUGCGGUGAUGUUAGUUGGAUGCAAUUUACGACGUGAUUUCGCGCUAGAGCCUAUGCAGAGAUACGAAAACUUUACAUCUGCCGCGUUUACUUAUUUAUUUAUUUUUUUUUUGCAAUCGAACGAAAUGUUCUUGCACCGUCAGCGCUAAAAAUCGAGGAGGACGGUAAACUUCUGUUCCGUUAACAUCGACCGUGUUGCUCGAAACUCUCGAAAACGUCCGUGAAAUCGAUUUCGUUCACGGAGAGGCUCUCGAGAGCGGCCCGUGUUCCGGAGCUUCACUCAUGGAAAAAGCCGCAGAACGACGAGGACGACUGCUCGAUUUUCUUUUCCUCCCUCUUUCUCUCUCUCUCUCUCUCUCUCUUUUGGCUCGGUUGCCCUUUUUGCACCGCUACGUCUUUGUCGAACCCUCCUUGAAACUUUUUGCUGAUACAGUCACGUCCUUUACCGGUACUUUGUUCUGCCCCGGUAACUUAGCACUAUAUAACGAAGGACGAUAGGAUGGCGAUAGAAGAUAUAAAGAAAAAAAAAAAAAACGAAAGACAAGGGUUAACGGGAAUUGCAGUUUCGCCUGUGAACGUCUGUCAAUUAUAGUAUGAACGAUUUUACGUUGUAUUAUACGUCUGUAGAUGCACUAACGUUUCAAUAUCUUCUUCUCGAAGAAAGAUCCAUUGGCGAAUUGAGAUGCCAAAUGCAGAUCCACUAAACGUGUUUCCGUGAAAUUUAAUUUUCACCGGAUUAGAGACCAAAAUAAAUGUUCUCGUGUUAUUCUGAGCGAUUUCUCAGAAUGUGUCUAUAAAAUCCUCUUAUCAUAUUACAGAUAAAUCAAAUAAGUUUUCUCUUUAAACGUCGAAGAACACAUCUCUUUCGUAAAAGCGUCCGAGAAACGUGCGUUUUCUCACCGGAAAAUAUUCAGUGACGAGAGACGCAAAUGUGCGCGCAUUUCGACGAGAUGAGAGGUACGCGCGCUGUGUCAAGGACCACUGCGAUUGGACGUGCGGCGCGUUGACGUAGCCAUCCUUUCUCAAACAAUCUCGGCAUCGGUGUCACCCGCAGCAGAGGCGCGAAUCAAGGACGAGGACCCCCAGCGGCGUGCGAAAGAUGCGAAACGGCGGACAAACGGCGCAGCAAACGGCGGUAAUGACGCCGCCGCAUCUGAACGGCUCGGCGCAGUUCAUAUCGGGCAGCUACGUGACGGCGGGGUAUCUGCCGCCGCGUCAGUCCUGGACCCAGUUCCAGGCUGCGCCGCAGCAUCUGGUCAGGAGCGGCGGUCGGCCCUUGUCGCUGCCGCCACCUCCGCCGCCCUCUCGACGAGAUUGCGGCCAGAGGCCCUGCAACGGAGGUCCGGCCAAUACUAAGAACACAUCCCUGCCGCAUCCCGUAUCGGCGACCCACAGGAGUACCACACCCUCGAAGGUGGAUCCUGAGCUAAUAUUUACAAAACAGGAACGAAUCGGGAAGGGUAGCUUCGGCGAGGUUUUCAAGGGUAUCGAUAAUAGAACCCAGCAGGUUGUUGCCAUCAAGAUUAUCGAUCUUGAAGAAGCAGAGGAUGAGAUCGAGGACAUACAACAGGAGAUUAUGGUUCUGUCGCAGUGUGACAGCCCAUACGUCACCAAGUACUAUGGAUCUUAUCUCAAGGGUACGAAGCUGUGGAUCAUCAUGGAGUAUCUGGGUGGCGGCUCGGCCCUGGACUUGAUGAAGGCCGGUAGCUUCGAGGAGAUGCACAUCGCCGUGAUAUUACGCGAGGUGCUCAAAGGGCUGGAUUAUCUGCACAGCGAGCGUAAGCUCCACCGCGAUAUUAAAGCGGCGAAUGUUUUGCUGAGCGAAAUGGGCGAUGUCAAGUUGGCCGAUUUCGGUGUAGCCGGUCAGUUGACGAACACCACCAGUAAACGGAAUACCUUCGUCGGCACGCCAUUCUGGAUGGCACCCGAAGUCAUCAAACAGUCCGCUUAUGAUUCUAAGGCUGACAUUUGGUCCUUGGGCAUCACGGCGAUUGAGCUUGCAAAAGGAGAGCCACCCAAUAGUGAGUUGCAUCCCAUGAGGGUUCUCUUCCUAAUACCCAAGAACAAUCCGCCGCAAUUGACCGGGAAUUACACGAAGCAGUUCAAGGAGUUCGUCGAAGCCUGCCUCAACAAGGAUCCCGAAAAUAGGCCAACGGCAAAAGAAUUGCUGAAGUUCCAGUUUAUUAGGAAGGCGAAGAAGAACUCGUACCUGAUUGACCUGAUCGACAGGUACAAAAAGUGGAAAUCGCAACGCAGCGAAGAGUCAGAAACCGAGAGCGAGAAUUCGGACUCGGAGGAAUCUAAGCAAGACAGCGACAUGGACGAGCCAUGGAUAAUGACGGUGAAAGGCCCGCAUGGGGUCAAAGGAUCCGUGGUACCUAUGCUGCCACUGGACGAGCAGCCCGCAUCUCUGACCCUAACACAUACGAACCACAGAUCCUCCAAUCACAACCAGCCGAGCUGUAAACCGCACGCGAAUGGUGCCUCGCGAUCACCACCAAAGGAUUCGACGCUUAAUCAUUAUAGAAGCGAGUCCAGGGAUUCGUUACGCGAUGGCCAAGCAAAACACGCGCCUUCCCGACCACAUGAAGCCGCGCCUCCACCACCGGUAGACACGCGAGAGAAACGAGAUGAGCGAGACUAUCGUGACUCCAGCCGAGAAUCUACGCUCAGAGAGUUCUCCUCGAAGGAAAUGCGCGACAGUCGCGAGAGGGACAGAGAUAUUAUCAGGGAACGAGAGCGGGAUAGGGAAGGCAGAGAUCGGGAUAGAGCCAGAGGAGAAUUCAAUUCACGGGAGAAGAGGAGAAAUAGUAAACCGGACGUGCCCAUUACUUCGAUGGCCGAUCAUAGAUCUAGUGAGGAUAAGCAGAGGCCCAGAAGUUCGCAGGAGCUCAAGCAUCCGCGGAGCGUUGCUCUAUCCGGUGUCGUUUUUCCUCUUCUUUCCGAGCUCCAACGAAAACACCAAUAUUCGGCAAGAGACAAUAACGGCGAAGGCGGUAGCGGUGGCAAAAAUGGUGGUGCUGUAGAAGAACUGAGAAGCGCCUUUGAGUCGGCGGAACGCACAUCGCCGGGAAUGACAGAAUCCCUAAUCCGCGAAUUAAUUAAAUCCCUACUUCCGCCCAAUCACUCUGAAGGUCGUUUGUCUAUGCUAAUGGAGAAGGUUAUUUUAAGGGAUACGUAGGGACGCGAGAGGACAAAGGUCCGCAAGAGAUUGUGGUCCCAGAAUAUCCUGACAUUGUAAAACCAUACGUUAUUUCUCGAUUAUCAAUUUACUAACCAAUACGAGCCGAGCAUGUCGUCAAUCGAAUGACGAUUCCGAACGUGAACGUGAAGGUACGAGGAAAAUGUGUUCGUUGUCCCAUAAUCCCGUUCCUUCUUCGCUCUUCCCCACUCUCGCUGAUCUAUAAAGGCCGUACUACAACGAAGUCUAUCGAAGUUUUACGAAGUAGUCUAUUGAACCACCCCAUUUUCACCUGCCUACCUCGCCGUAAGAUAAAAAUAUAUAUAGACGGCAGAUACACGCGAAACGUUGUGCCAGUAUUCUUGCAGUUCCUACUCGUGUAAUUGUCAUCCUUUUUUGAACUUCUCGAUUGAGUUGUCCUACAUUUAAACGUUUCUUCGUAUCGAUUCAGCGCCCGACAGUUAAUUUCAAUUGCAGAAAUCGAUUUAUCAUUAUGGAAUUUGUACGUUCUUCUUUUGUACAUUCUUUUUUCACUUUUUAAAAAUCUUCUAAUUGUGUUGUAAAUAUUUGUAACUUUAUAAUUUUUGUAAAAUUAUGAAACAUGAAUAAUGAAGAGCUAAAAGUAUGUUAUUUUUCAAUCAAUUAUAGACAAUUUAUUUAAUAGGUGAUUGGGAGUCGGCGCUAUCAUAAGUGGGCAAGAUUUUCUUUAUGUAAUAUAAUGUUUUACUCAAUCUUACACACAAUUUUUAUCAGACAUUUUGGCUCAAUUUUUCACUAUUCUCAGUAUCUUGCUUUUUAGUAGUGUUAUAUUGAUACAUAGUCUUUUUUCACAUGUCCUAUUAAAAGCCAUUAAAGUAAGAUAAGAUCUAAGCCAUUAUAUUCGCAAUAUAAUAGUAUUUCACAGUUUCAAGAUUGGAUAGAAUUGUCUCUUGUGUGCAUUCAUAGAGCUUCACAUUAUUCUUAUAACAUAAUGUAUGAUUCACUUGGCCUGUGUCUCUUGAUUUAUAAGAUAUAAAUCAAUAGUUGGAUGUUGCUGUAACAAUUUAAAUUAAAAUUAAUGUAUAAAACGGAAAAUAAAUAAUUAAAAUCGUAACCAAUAAAAAACACAAUUAAACAUUUAAAUUACAGUUAUAUAUUUAUCAAUAAAUAUUGACUUUUUCAAUUGUUGUCACAAUAUAAAAUCGAAAAAUUGAUUUAAGUUAUCUGAUGCAAGUUGUAUAAGAUUGUUUUUUUAUGUGAGUUUAAUGUGUCAUAUCCAUUGGUGGAUGUACGACAUUUAUGACUGUAUUUCAGUUACUCCUUUAUUUAUCUGUGUUAUAGUCCGUAGUGUUUUUAUUAUAUGAUAUUUUCUAUUCUCACAAUAAAUUGGUAAAUAACUUUAAGGGUGCUGAGUUCCUCUUUUUUAUCCAAUUCCAUAUUUUGUGUAGUUUACUCGCUCCGACUUUGUUCAGAUCACAUUUUAUAAAGUUCAUAUCCAUUUUUAUCUAAUCGUAUAGUGCGGAGUCGAAACCAAAAUAAUUAAGUUUUCAUAUUCACUGCUGCAUUGAUAUAUAUGUUACUUUAUUUAGCUUUUUUCGCUAAAUUUGUUUUGAAGUUGUAAUGAUUCGUACAAGAUUGAAAAAAGUAUUAGGUUACAUAAAAAAUACGCAAUAAUCUUGUUACAGUGCCGACACCCAAUUGCCUGUUAAAUUUCUCCAUAACUGAUUGAAUUUUUCAAAAAAGUCUUUGAACAUUAUCAUUAAUGUUAUUUUUUAAAUCUGCUAGAUGAAACGAAAGAACUGUCGGUCGAUUCCUUUUUUAUUACCUUAGAUGUUAAAAUGCUCUUCAUUACUAAUAGAUUAAUUACAAAGAGAAUGUAAAAAGGAGUAUUCGGUUUAAUAGCUGCAAGCCUUACGUUAAGGAAAAGAGCUAACGCUUUAGUGAUCUUGUGGCAAUCAGUUAACGAGUAGAGAAAGGCGGAAAAUAGACGGCAAUGCGUUUGCGAAAAGGCUGAAUCGAAACCUCCAUUGCAUAAUAGCCUAAUAAAUAUCUUUUAAACCUUCUUCAUGUUCGGCGUGAGCAUCGAUCUGGUGAUACAACAAAAUUGUAUAGACUCGGCAAAACGGAUAGAUGAAAAGUAUUCGAUGACUUGGUCUUGCCUCAAUAUAGAUACGUUCGCAGCACGCACUAGCGAGAUAUCUCGAGCACAUAACCGUGAUCAAUAUAAAGAAAAACGUCCGAUUCUGGUUUUUAAAACUGAUGUCUUUACAGAGAAAAUAUUUAAUAAUUAAUGAGAAAAUGGUUUCGUCCAAACGGUCAACCAAAAGGAAAAAAAUGUGUUCUUUAUGAACAGAUUUCUUCUCGUGACUUCCUACGCUAGUGCAUGUUUCGAAAAUGAAAGAAAAGAGCUCUAGCGCGCGUUGCUAGAGGAAUUGUAAAUAUGUAUGUAGCGCGAUAAGAUAGUCUUAUUGUUCUGAUCGACGUCUUUGCCAACCGGUCGCACAGCUCCGUUUAACGAUCUUGUUACGAAGAGAAAAAAAGAAUUCCUUUUUCUUCCUUGGUCAUAUCGUUCGUCAUCGUUGAAGAAGAUGAUAGACAUAGGCUAUAGGCAAUAAUUGCCAUUACAAAUUUAUCGAAGGCUUUUAUCGUUUCGUGUAGUUUUCGCUUGUUGCGUAAAAAUUGCAGGUAAGCCGUUUUACAAUGUUUCAGAAACCGUACGCGACGUAUAUAAAAAAAAUAGCGUUUAAAAAUAUAUAUAAUUAAUUUCUAGUUGUGUGUAAAAAAUUCACUUGAAAAUCGUCGAGAAACAAUGCUAUUUUAGAACUCUCUAUCAUCUCCAGUAUACGUACAUCCAUGAAAGAUGCUUCAAUCUUUCCGUCGCGCCUUAAAAUAUCGCAUUAACGUCAUUAACUUAGAAUAAUAACGGAAUCGUUCCAUGUUAACAUGUCAUUAAACUGUCAGUACAGCAUUGCCGAAUUGUUUUCGAAAAUUUUCGAAAAUAUGUUUUGAGCGAGAAAAAUAUUGGAAAAAAAGCGUGUUUUAUAAGAUAUUUCAAUUCUUCGAGACAUUGGCUAAUAUGGAACGACUCGACAAUCGAUUCAGACGGAAUUUAUUACAUGAGGAGAUACAAGAAAAGUUUAUUGAACUUUAAAUGCGCGGUGCGUUCGAACAGUGACGAUCGGAACAUUACACAUGUGCACACACAACAAACACACACACACACACACACACACACAUACACAACGCGGAAUUUGAGUACUGCCGUUCUUCCAGACUUAACUUGCGUUACAAACACGAGUAUUUCUCGAAUUCACCGCACUUGAUUUUCACUUGAUCGAGUCUGAGCUGCGAUGGCUCCCGCGCAGGGCGUCGACACUUAAUCCAACGUUGUUUGUAAACUAAUGUAUUUUAUAAAAAAUAUAUAUAGAGA